AUGCUUGGAACAGUGGCAAAUAUACCAAUUCAUUUCAGUACUUCAUCGUCGCAAACUUCCUUGCAACACAACCUUCCUCCAGAACAUACUCUUCAAUUAAAUCCAUAUUCCGAUUUGAGGGCUUUUCCAACCUCGGUAUUUCAUUCUCAGGAGCAUCCCUACGUUCAACUUCCUCAUAAUAUGAAGUUCUUGCAUGCAGGAACCAUUGGAAGAUAUUUAGCUAGAAAAGCACAUUUGUAUCCGAUGGACAAUGAUUUAGAUGCUUGCUUGUCCGAUGAAUAUGUCGAGAUGAUUAGUGAGUGCUUACAACAUUCUAACGUUGAUGUGACUCGAAAGUUGUUACAUUAUUUUGAAUCCAUCUUAAUACCAGAAAGAGAUGCUUGUUUGGUAGGUGGAAAGAUAUCAUGGGCUGAUCUUUACUUGUGGUGUUUGAUUGAUCGAGAGUACAAAAAGUUUCUUUCACUCCAUGAAAAUACUUCUCUUCAUACACAAUCGCCCGUAAAAGAAGGUCCUUCCACGUUUGUUCAAACACCAACUUUACAAUCCACAGAACCCCAUGCCACAGAAGUGAUCGACUUUACCACUCUCGACAAUGUUCGUAUGGUUCAUCUAAUUGUUCCAAAAAGGUUGGGCAAUAAAGAAUUCCGUUAG